AGAAUAUGCAUUAUGUGUAUUAUUCAACUCAUCUAAAAAUAUAUUUAUUUCAUUAUGUCAUGAAAUUCUUGGUGCUGAUUAUAAUGGAAAAUAUCAAGUAACUGGAGGUAAAGUAGAUUCUAUAGAUAGAAAACAAAAAGAUUAUUUUCUUGUAUGUGCAAGACAUGAAGCAUUAGAAGAAUCAGGAAUUAUUUUAGGUGAUGAUAAUUUGAUUCAUGUUGUUACAGAAGAAAAUUCUAGAAUAUUUCCAAAGAGAGAAACAGAAGAUGUUUACAGAACUGCAGUAUAUAUUGCUGAUAUAGAAGAUGUUGUUCCUCAAUGUAUAGAACCUGAAAAAAAUAGUGAAUGGUGUUCUGUUGAUUUUACUGAGAUGAGAAGAUUACGAAAUGAAAGAAGUUUAACUGAAACAUUAGGAACAAAACUUGAAGAGAUAAUUGCUCAUAUCAAUAAUUAUUUAAAAGCAAAAAAAAGACGCCAACCAAAGAAAAAAAAACUUAUUGAAGAAAAAGAUAAUAGUGAAAACAAUUCUGAAAGUCCUAAGGAAAUUGUAAAUGAAGUUACAGAAAAUUGUGAUGUGAUGAAUUGUGAUAGUGUAAAUUGUGACAAUAUUAACAAUAAUAGUAUUAAUCAUACAACUGAAGAAGAAAUUGAAGAUGAGAUUCUUAAUAUAGUUCAAUAA